CGUCAGUCCCAAGUUUUUAGUCGCCGCAAAGACAUCGUGCGCGGCCGUCGGUUGGUACGACACCGACGGGAUACGUAGCGUCGGCAAAAAAGUGUCGACAAAAAAAGUGUACCGGAUUUUUUUCACGUUUUCUAUGAGUGUCGGUGACGGUUUUUUUCGGUAACGGUCCUUGAUAACCUUAUCAGUGAAGCUAAUGACACGUAACAAUAUCGAUAUGCCCCUCUCGCUCGCACGUUAACCUUUUAUUAUGAGUUUUUCUUUUAGUGAUGUGCUUGUGCAGUGACCAUAUAUGUUUUGUUCUGUGAAGAUGCCGGAGAGAAAAUUGCAAAACAAAUGGAUUUAUGUGAAAACUCGUUCGAUAUACGCAGACACAAAUAUAUUUAUCUUUAAAUGUACUUAGUGCAAUAUUCAAUUUAAAUACGAUUUAAAAUCAUUCGUUAAAACGGGUUCAAUUUGAUUGAUGUUUCGGUGCUUUAUAUUUUAAAAAUAAAUUAUUAUAAUUUUAUUUAUAACCAGCAAGAUUAAUCGAGACAGAAAUAAUAAAUUAAUUUAUAGGAAACAUUAUUUUAAAAUUUAGUUUUUCCAAAAUAUGUGAAGUGUAAAAACAUUCUAAAAACUUUUUACGACUAAAAUUGUAACGCUUAGUGAAGUGAUGUCAGUACAGUCGCAAUGAAAAGUCAACGGUGACAGUGACUAAAUGUACAGUCGCGUUUGAACAUUGUGUAUUGAAAAUGUGGUAUUUAUGAGUGACUGUUGCGAACAAAGUUACGGUAUGUACACCACGUGGUACAGUCGUGGCGAGAGCGGCAUGCACCACCAGAUGGGGCAGCUGUACCACCACGGACCCCCAAUGAUUAAGACUGAAGCGGGUGUUAACAGUGAUUGCAUGAUGGCGGUUGAUUACGCACCACCUAUUAAGAAGGCGGGUGCAUCAUCAGCCUUCGUGUGGAGCGGCGGGGGGGUCUCUGGUGGCGGAGGGCAGGAGCAGGCAGCCGCGCAGCCAGCCGCCGUGCCUACUGGCACGUCAGGCGGCGGCGGCGCGCAGGGCCUCGUGCACUGGAUGUCAGUGAUGGCGGAACACAUGGGAGGGGGGCACCACGACCCCUCCCACUACGCGCUGCCGCCGUGGAACAAUGGUGGUAUGGAUCACUGCCAACAGAAAGAUGGCCUGGAAUAUGCCGCGUGGUCUCGACCACGGGGCGCCAUGGCCAUCAAACAAGGCUACGAGGCCAAAAUGAGUACGGGGGAUGGUACAGUGGGCGGUCACCAGAAAGCGGAUGACCGCCUCGGUCACCACCAAUCCAUGAGUCAGAUGCUGUACGGCGCAGGUCUCGGACCAGGACGGUCAGGGUCAUCGUCGUCGUCUCCAGUGGGGGGAGCGGGCGGAGGCAGCGGGCUGCUUGUGGUGCCGCAGCCGCUGGGUAAAGGUCCUGCUAAGUUGCAGCCAUUGCACGCGCAUGCUAGGAAGUACCACUGCAAGAUGUGCCCUCAGGUGUUCGGUUCGAAGGCUGACCUACAACUACACACGCAGAUCCAUUUGCGCGAAGCGAAGCCGUACCGCUGCACCCAGUGUCCAAAGGCGUUCGCGAACUCGUCGUACCUAGCACAGCACUCGCGAAUCCACCUCGGCAUCAAGCCGUACCGCUGCGAGAUCUGCCAGCGCAAGUUUACCCAACUAUCGCAUCUCCAGCAGCACAUCCGCACGCACACUGGUGACAAGCCCUACCGAUGCACGCAGAUCGGCUGCACGAAGGCUUUCUCCCAGCUCUCCAACUUGCAGAGCCACAGCCGUUGCCACCAGACCGACAAACCCUUUAAGUGCAACUCCUGUUAUAAAUGCUUUACACACGAGAAGGAUCUGCUCGAGCACAUUCCUAAACACAAAGAGUCGAAGCAUUUGAAGACGCACAUCUGUCAGUAUUGCGGCAAGAGCUACACGCAGGAGACGUACUUAAGUAAGCACAUGAACAAACAUGCAGAGAGAGCGGACAAGCGGCCCCCAAUAUCUGCACUCGGCUUGAGCGGCCUGAAUCGGUCCCUAGCAGCAGCGGCGCCGACCGCGGCACCUUUCGGAGAGCACCCCUACUGGCCCAAGGUGAGCCCGGACUCGGCGGCGCAUAUGUCAGACGAGAGCGGGUACCACCAGCAGCGAGAGAGCGAUGACCAUCAUGAGCAGCAGCUGCAGCAGCAGCGCGCGCUGUUCGCGCAGCACGACGGUCAGGACGACCGUAUCCAACCUCCCGUCUCUUCCGCCGCCAACUCCGCCUUCACGCCCAUCAACUCGAUGGCGCCACACCUCAAUGGCCUGUCGCAUCACAGCGCCCUGCCGACGCGGCCGUACCUCUACGACCCUCUACACUUCCAGCAGGGCAAGCAGCAGCCAAACUCUUUCCCCAACCAGUUGAUAUCGCUUCAUCAAAUUCGGAAUUACGCACACCAGCCGUCGGCGCUGCUGCCAGCCGAGCACAUCCUUCCGCACUCCUUGGCGCACAAAGACAAACAGUAAACUUGCCCUUUUAUCUGUAGGCGUACCUACAUUAUAGUACUUAUGAUGGUAUUACUAGUAUUUAAAAAAAAUAUGAAAUAUUAUUAACAAAAAAAAUUUAGAAUCUCUCUAUCGGACACUGGUAUUAUAAAUGUAUGAAAUACAAAAACUCGUUUAUCGUUAGUGAGAGACACGUUCAAUGUUUUUAGACUUUAAUCAAAAUUGUGUAUGAAUACUCUGAAUUUUUGUCGAUUAGAUGACGAUUGUAAUCGAGACUAAAUUGUGAUUUUAAAUAAAAGAAACUUUUGUACCCUUUAUUAACUAGUUCUUCGUGUGAAGGCGAAACAUUUAAAUCGGAAAGGAUCCUUUAUAGAACUAGGGAAUAAAUGGUACAAAGCGUAUCCUAAAAGCCUGUACGCAAAUGAAAUCUUUGAAGCAUAAUUCAAAUAGCAUAAUACAAUACUAAAUUACUACCUAACUGGUUUGUGAUUGUGUUUUUCUUUAUUUUAUAGUGGCACCUUUAAUUAAAUUAUCGUCGUUUAGAUACGGUGUCAUAAAAUUCAGAGUUCCUGAUAUUAUUGUUAUCGAUAUAUAAAAUUCCACUUGACAUCACUAGUACUAUAUUUGUUUCUGUUGCAUUUCGUCGUACACGUUUAGUGUGUAUUGCUGACAGCAGAGGGUCUAACACGAAUAUUUGCGAGAAAGUAUACAUAACGUCAUCGACAAAAAUUCUACGAGUAUUAAAAUUUAAAGUACACAAAUGUUGUUGACGUUACAAAUAAUUUGUCACAAAUAUUCGUGCUAGAUCCCAGAUCUCUCGUCUCAUCACAUUUGCACUCAGUUCCUACUUAGAUCGAAUAAUUCCUUUUUUAUUUAGCUGUAUUCAAAAUCACUCUAUGAAUUAUUUGGUUUCUUUAAUUCUAGAAAAUAUAGUCUUCCUUCAGAAUCGCAAUUGUAACUUUUAAAAUCAUCUUCCUUGAUUUUGGAGGUCGAAUGUAUUUUUUAUUAGCAUUUGUAUAUUUGUAACCAUCGAUGAGUGGCCAAAAUAGCUUAUUAAUUUCUACCUGCAGGAGAAAACGCACGUUUGUACAUAUUGUGUAAAUAUAACAAUUCAUUUUGAGGAAAUUUGAAAACUUAUUGACAUUUAUUUUUCAAUUUAAGUCUUCAAAGCUUAUGCUCAAUUUUAUUAGACGUAAGAAUCUCGUCUGGGGCCUGAUAUUCGGAAUUUUAGGAUCCGUGCAAUUCAAGAAUUUUUUUCUUUAUCUACCCGCAGUAAAGAAUCAUUUUUGAAUUGUAAUUUUUUUGAUGAUUUUAAUCAAUUUGUACUUAAAAUGUUUCCGUUGACGGUUGAAUAUAAUUUUGUAUACGAAAUUUUUUUUGUUGAUUAUAUCUAAAUGUGGAGAGGUUUAGAAAAAAU